GACAUAUGAAGAUUCCAUCAUCACUUUGUUUCACCUCCAUUCCAAGGAAGUAAGACAUCAACCCGAGAUCUGUCAUCUCAAACACAUCAAACAUCUCUGCCUUGAAUUCUUCAAUUUGUGUCUUAUUACUUCCUGUUACAAAUGAUCAUCAAUUCUGCUAUACCAUGCUCUAGGAGCUUGUUUAAGGCCAUACAAAGCCUUUUUCAGCAGCAACUGCAAGUAGUAAUCUGAUUGUGUCCAAGCAUGCUACUGGUGCAAACGUUUCUGAAAAAUCCACACCAAACACUUGAGCAUAGCCCUUCACAACUAAUCUGGCUUUGUAUUUGUUUAUAGAACCAUCUGCAUUUUGUUUGGUUCUAUAAACCCAUUUGACUCCUAAGGCCUUCUUGUGUAAAGGCUUGUCCAUCAGCACCCAUGUAUCAUUCUUUUCAAUCAUUCUAAGUUCCUCUUGCAUUGCUUCAAUCCAUUCACUCUUCUUUACUGCUUCUUCAAAUUCUGCAGGUUCACAGAUAGCAAUAUUGCUACUUUCAUAAAUUUCAGCUAAUGAUCUUGUACCUCUUACUGGUUCAUCGUCAAAGUUGUCAUUAGUAAUCUCCAAGAUUGGAGAUUCUUGCUUCUCUGUUGAUGAUUCCAGCUUUUCUUCUGGUUGCUCCCACUUCCAUUGCUUAUCUUCCAUAAAGUUGACGUCUCUACUUACCAGAAUUCUUCCAUUUUGAGGCUGGAAGAUUCUGUAAGCUUUUGAUGGACUGCUGUAUCCAAUGAAUACUCCUGGUCUGGUUUGUAUCCAAACCAAGCUUCAAAAGGAGUUUUUUUCUGCAAGGCUCUGGUUGGCAUUCUGUUCAGCAGAUACACUGAGGUGCAGUAAGCUGAUGUUCAAUUCCAGAUUCAUCACAGAAUUGCUGAAAUCUCCCACAGUGAAGCUGUACUCAAAGGACCUCCAACGUCUGUAUGUACCAGCUGAAGUUUUCGUGUUGCUCUCCAGGUUGCAUGAGGGAAAGGUUUUCUGGCCUGCUUACCAUAUUGACAUGCUGCACAGUUUGCUGACCUGUUCUCCAGUUGUGCCACUAUCAAUCAACCAAGAAUCAUUCGAACUAUUUCCUGUUGAAAAACAUGAUGCAACAAACAGCUGCUCCUCUUCAGAAUCCAAAUUCAUGAUUCUUGUGAAUACUGUAUUUGAUACUGCAGCAUAUAAGCAAGCUUUGGCCUUGGAUUUUCUUGUCUUCUUCUCCUUGUGAAUCUUUAGUUGGGCUAUAGUUGGAUUUGCAGGCAAGUCAGGAACAACAUAGUUUUCUUCCACAGCUUCCCAGAGAUCUAGCGCCUCCAGAUGCACUGUCAUUCUGAUGGCCCAUGUUUCAUAGUUUUCACCAUUGAAGAUUGGUGGUGAACCGUAACACAAGUGCAUGCAAAACAGACGUAAAGAAGAGUUUGUAGAAGAAUAAUAUUAUUGAUCUCAGAAUUCUCUUUAAAUAGAGUUAGAGUUUUACUUGGAAACAAAGACAAUUUAAAAUUCAAAAACAUUGCAUAACAACAGAUCAGAUAUGAUCAGUAAUUUAUUCCUAAAA